GGAGAUAGAAGUUAAUGUAACCCGAAAAUUAAACGAAAUAUAUCCCUGAAAAUCCCUGAAACGCGUCCUAACCUCGUUUCGAAUCAAAACAAAACCAGCUGACAUCAGCAAACAUCAAAAUAACGAAAAACGUCAAUUAGUUUCUCAUAAAAUCGGGUCGUUGUUGUUGUUUGGUGCUCUUUUUGUGCGAAAGAUCGCCCGCAAAUGAUCCGGGUGUGCGAUUCGAACAGGAUGUAAAAUCCAGAAAAAUCAUGGAUAAAAAAAUUCAUUGCGGCGGUUUUGACUUCUUUUGCAACUUUGAUUCUGCAAAUCUCGCCAAAGUCGAUCUUGUCCCAACCAGUGAAACUGUAAUUACAACUGCUGCAGCCAAUGUGGGAAAAGGAUAUAUCCCUGAGAUUCCUGAUGUUGAAUUCAACCUUUGGACUAAACAUGAUUGUUGUGGGACUCAAUUUGAGAAUCCUAAUAGGACGUGGUUUUAUUUUGGAAUGAGAGCAAACGCCCCAGGAAUCCUAACCAAAUUAAACAUCGUCGAUUUAAACAAACAAUUAAAAAUAUACAGCCAAGGCAUGGCUCCCGUUUUUCGCGUCUUACCCGGAAAACCCCACUGGGAACGAAUCAGAGAUAAACCAACUUACUCUAACGAUGAAGUAUUCACCCUCAGCUUCAAAUACAGAACCCCUGAGAACCCCCAAAGCGUAUCUUAUUUCGCCUUCACCUACCCCUUUUCAUACACAGACAUCCAAAACAGCCUCACCAUAACCGACAGUCGAUUCUCGUUGCAUCACCCCAUCAGCAAAGACGACAUUUAUUACGUAAGGGAGUGUCUUUGCAACUCUUUAGAAGCUCGCCGAAUCGAUUUAAUAACAAUCUCAUCGUACCACAACAUCAGCAUCGAACGAGAGAUGCGCCUAAAAAACUUAUUCCCAGAACAUCACAAACCCAGACCGUUCAAAUUUAUCUCAAAAAAAAUCAUUUUUAUUUCAGCGAGGGUCCAUCCGGGGGAAACACCCUCAAGUUUCGUAUUUAACGGAUUUUUAAACCUCCUAACCUCCCGCGAUGACCCCAUGGCGAUUAUGUUGCGUCGAAAUUAUGUUUUUAAAUUAAUCCCGUGUUUGAACCCCGACGGGGUGGCCAAGGGGCAUUAUCGCACUGACACGAGGGGGGUGAAUCUAAACCGGGUUUAUUUAAAACCCAAUUUAGAGCUGCACCCCUCGAUUUUCGCAGCUCGAUCUUUGUUGCGUUAUUAUCACCAUGGCGCGGAGUUAGAUGAUGUUUAUAGCGAUUCGGAGUCUUCAGGGGGUGUUGAUUCGUCCCCUUCAAAUGCUAGUAGCACCUUCGAUGUGAAAGCGAAAAAAUCGCCUCAAGAAAUUAAUCGGAACAAAAUCGGAGAGGGCGAUAUCAAACCCCACCCGGAUUACCCCCUCCAAGACUUAAAUUCCGGGUUAUAUCUCUAUAUGGACAUGCAUGGGCACGCCUCAAAAAAGGGGAUUUUCAUGUAUGGUAAUCAUUUUCAAGAUUUGGACCGCAACGUCGAAUGCAUGCUGCUCCCCAAAUUAAUGGCGCUUAAUAACCAUAAUUUUCAUUUCACCUCGUGUAAUUUCACCGAAAGAAAUAUGUAUUUAAAGGAUAAACGCGAUGGGAUGAGUAGAGAGGGAUCGGGGAGAGUGGCCGUUUUAAAAAUGACGGGGUUGAUAAGGAGUUAUACGUUGGAGUGUAAUUAUAAUACGGGGAAUUUUGUGAAUAUUUUGCCCCCUACGAUACGGGAGUCGAAUUGUAAGGCGGCGCAUGUGUUGCCGGUGCCGCCUAAGUAUAAUCCGGUUAUAUUUGAGGAGGUCGGCCGAGCUUUAGGCGGCGCAAUUUUAGACCUCUCCGGACAAAACCCCAUGUCGCGGCUACCCGCCUCCGAAUUCCAUUCCUUAAGCGGCCUCCGCGAGUGGCUCAGGACUCACUCCAACGAGUUCCGCGAGAAGAAAUCACCACAUAACCAGGGAAAGGGGAAAAAUGCGGUAAAAUCUCGCUCUUUAAGCACGAAAGCGACUCCGAUUCAAAAGAGGUUGUUAAAAAACACGAUUCGCUCGACGAGCGUUCCUGCAAAUCGCGUUAAAGACAAGUUGGGGCCGAAAGAAUUCGAAGAUGAGCACCCAAGUUGCUCCCACGCAGAGAGUGAUGUGAGCAUAACGUGUACCACAUCUAAAAAAGGUAAUAAAGUAAUAACAACGGCUCGCCAAAACAACGCCGCAUUCACGAGAGUCCGAAAAGAAAUCCAAUCAAAAAUGAAUCGCCCCAACGAAGUCAAAUCAAAAGGAAUUCAAGCCCCAUUGAAUCGGAGCAAAGCUCCAAAACCGGAACAAAAAUUGAAAUUAAAAAGCGUUCAAGAACCUAAAAGCGAAGACGAGGGGAAUCGAGUCCAAUUGAAAGAGAUUUGUUUUAUAAAAGACGGCGAAGGGAAGAAAGUGAUCGCGAAAUACAACAAAACGGACUCGUCCCCUUUGAUCGAAGACAACUUAAUCGUCGCUUGGAACGGCGCGAAUUCGCAAGCGCAGGUUUUUUCGCAAAAGUCGAUUAUGCCGAAAUAUUUAACGGGGGAUCCCGGGACGAGUCGAGGCCCGGGGAUUUUUAGAGUUCAUAACUUUACCAAGCCGAAUCCGUUUUUGAAAGGCCCGAAAAGGAAUAAACGAAACAUGAGGUUUAUAAGCGAAGAGAGGAAGAUGGAUAAGGUGGCGAGGAAGCGGAAGAAAUUAAAAUCGAAAGUGUGAUUUCUAU